GGAAAACAUCCCCCGGUGCCUGGACCACAUCCUGUUCUGCAUUCGCUCACUCCGCUCCUUUUCGAUUCUCCUCCCCAAAACACACAUCCACACACACACACGUCGGUACCAAAAGGGAGCAACAAGCGCGCACCGCAGGAAAAAGAGAAAAAAAAGUAGAGGAUAUGAACGAACUGCCACAGAAAGAAGCCAACUUGUUCAAGCAAAUCUUGAAAUGCUACGAGAACAAGCAGUACAAGAAGGGCUUCAAGGGAACGGAGCAGAUCCUGAAAAAAUUCCCUGAGCAUGGAGAAACGCUCGCGCUCAAGGGAUUGUUCUACAACCACCUCGAUAAGAAGGAAGAGGCAUACGAGUUUGUCAAGAAGGGCCUUCGCCAUAAUCUGAAGAGCCAUAUCUGCUGGCAUGUUUUCGGACUACUCUACCGCUCUGACAAGAACUACGAGGAGGCGUUGAAAUGCUACUCACAGGCACUCAGGAUCGACAAAGAAAACCUUCAAAUCAUGCGCGAUUAUUCGCUACUCCAGAUCCACACCAGGAACUAUGAGACGUUUGCAGACACACGUCACCAACUGCUGGAGCUGCGUCCUCAGAACAGGCAAUUCUGGAUCGGAUUAGCUAUUGCGUACCACUUGAUGGGCAAACCCGAUCUUGGCAUCAAGAUCUUGACGGCCUAUGAGGAGACGCUCAAGGACAUCCCAUCGAAGCCCGACUAUGAGCACAGCGAAAUGCUCCUGUACCACAAUUCCUUGAUCGAGGAGACAGGCGACAUCCAAGCGGCACUGAAUCACCUUGAAACGAUCGAGAAGCACGUCUGCGACAACAAGGCGAUCAAGGAAAAGCGCGCUCAGUAUCUUUUGGCUUUGGGUUGUCUCGAAGAGGCCGAGGCUGCCUACAGAGUUCUGAUUGCGCAGAACCCCGAUAAUUUUGCGUACUUUGCUGGUCUCCGCAAGAGUAUCGGGCUUGACCAUGAGCCCCUGUCGGCGGAGGAGCAGGUCAAGAUCUUGGAGGUGUUCAAACAACUGCAGCAGGAAUACCCUCGAUCCAACGUGGCGAAGCGUCUGCCCCUGCGUUAUGCGACUGGAGAGGCGUUUGUGAAGACUGCGGAUGAGUAUCUUCGAACUAUGCUCCGGAAGGGCGUUCCAUCGCUGUUUGUCAACAUCAAGAGCUUGUAUAAGGAUAAGGAAAAGGAGCAGGCGGUGGAGAAGCUGACGCUGGGAUACUUGGCUGCAUUGGACAAGUCAAAGAGCUUUGAUAACUCUGGAUCGGCUGUUGAGCCACCAACUGCUCUCCUCUGGACACUGUACUUUUUGGCGCAGCAUUUUGACCUCCAGCACAACACGGAUCAAGCCCUCGCCUACAUCAACCGCGCCAUUGAGCAUACCCCGACCCUGGUCGAGCUUUAUAUGACCAAAGGACGCAUCCUGAAGCAUGCCAGUGAUCUUGAAGGCGCUGUGAAAUCGUUGAACGAAGCUCGGGAACUGGAUCUGCAGGAUCGAUUCAUCAACUCAAAGUGUGCCAAAUACAUGCUCCGUGCGGACAAGAUGGCUGAGGCCGAGAAGACAGUCGUCCUGUUUGCGCGCGCGGAUUUGGCGGAUCCCUUGAAUGACCUGGUCGAGAUGCAGGGGAUGUGGUUCUCGCUCGAAUGCGGAGAGAGUCAUCUUCGUCAGGGCCAGCUCGGACGUGCGUUGAAGCGUUUCCAUCAAGUGGAGAAGCACUUCAACGACUUUACGGAGGACCAGUUCGAUUUCCAUAUGUAUUGUCUCCGCAAGAUGACCCUCAGGGCCUACGUCUCGCUUCUAAAGCUGGAGGAUCAAUUGCAUUCUCACCCAUAUUUUGUUCGCGCGGCUCAGAACGCCAUCCAGUGCUAUGUCACCCUGUUCGACAAACCUAACGGCGACGACUCUGCAGAGAUGGAGGGCAUGACCGAGGCCGAAAAGAAAAAGUUCCGAAACAAGCAGCGUAAAGCGGAACUGAAGGCGCAGAAGGAGGCCGAGGAAAAGAAGGCUCAGGCCGCUCAGGAAAUCACGAAGAAGGGCGGCAAGGUCGAUGAGGAUCCCGAGGGUCUCAAGUACAUCAAGACGGAGGAUCCCUUGGGCGAGGCACUCAAGUUCUUGAAGCCGUUGCAGGAAUUGGCGGCGGAUCGUAUUGAGACCCAUUUGAUGGGCUUUGAGAUCUAUAUUCGCAAGAACAAGUUGUUACUGGCACUCAAGGCAUUGUUGAAAUCUGUCCAGAUCGACAAGACGAACGCCACGUUGCAUGAGCAACUCGUCCGCUUUGCUCUCGCGGUCCAGAAGCCAGGCGACUCGAUCAAGCCGGCUGUCAAAUCCGUGAUUGACAAGCACUGGGACACCCUGUACCAGGGUCACGCCAAAGAUCUCUCUGCGUUCACGUCCACAUUUUUGGAAACCACGGCCAAGAAACUGAGCUCGGUUCCUCAUCUGAUUUCCGCUGCCAUCGCCGUCUCAUUGAUCGAGCCCGGUAAUAGCGGUAAAACCAAGGCUGAAGAGAUUUUAUUCUUAAUGGCUGCGGAUACAUAUGUGAGAACACGGUCGUUAGAGAACUGUUUGCUGGCCAGGAAGACUCUCAAGAACUUAAAGUCGAGUCGUGUGCAGGAGUUUACGGCCAAGGCUAGAGAGUGGUAUUCCAAGGCAACGGUCUUGCAGUCAUGAAGAGUAGUAGAGUGAGCCACUAAUUAAAGGCGGCAAAAAAGAAGGCAGCAGUGUGAGGUCGUACAUGAAAUAAAAAUACCUGCAGCCCUUCCCUUCCGAAAUUCUCAUUUCCAUGCUUUCAAAUAUAUCCCUUUCAGAUGACUUAGGAACACAUUCGAUGGGCAUGCCAUGAAUGGGACAUCAACAAGGAAGAUGUAUCGAUGCGAGGCUUCGCCGAAAAGCUCCACUACACGGACCAAAAUCGCGCUGACGAGGACCACCGAAUGCUUCUCGAGAGUCCCGCUCUCAAAAAGCCUCGCCGCAGAAAAAUCGUCCAGCAAUACGAAAGCUUCAAGGCUAACAGCGCGCCCCUCUGCUGGCGAAAGAAGGCUGCAGAUGUUGGCACUAAGAUCACUAUCAAAAAGGCAGCAUUAGAUUCGAUGGACGUUGGCUACAAGCAAGCUAAGCUC